CAUUUCUCUCUUAUCCACGUGCCCCCUUUUCUUUCUCUUUCUAUUCUAUCGGCUUCGCUUUCAUGAGAAUAGAAGCAAAGCACCUCCUGCAAAACACUAAAUUAAAUUUGAAAAUCUAAAGCUUAUUUUAUGAGAGAGAGUGACUUUGGGUUUUUGGGUUUGAGGGUGUGUGCUUGGAGAAUUUUUAUUGUGUGAUUUGAGGGUUUGUUGAGGAGGAGAUGUACGUAGCUUCUAUGAGAAAGUCAUUCAAAGACUCCCUCAAAGUUCUUGAAGCUGAUAUUCAACAUGCUAAUACUCUGUGGUUUACAUUGGCUUAAGCAACUUGGAGGAUCCUGCGGGGCUUCAGAUUUUCCAAGAGAUUAUGAUGGUGCCUGCCUUCAGAUGAGAAUGUCAUAUAGUCCAGCUGCCCACCUGUUCCUUUUUCUAGUUCAGUGGACAGACUGCCACCUUGCAGGUGCCCUUGGAUUGUUGAGAAUCCUAAUUUAUAAGGUAUAUGUGGAUGGCACAACCACCAUGUCUACUCAUGAAAGAAAAGCAAGUAUAAGGGAGUUCUAUGCGGUUAUUUAUCCCUCUUUAUUACAGCUUCAAAGAGGGGUCACUGAUACAGAAGACAAGAAACAGAAAGCAGUAUGUUUGGAAAGGUACCGAAGAAGAGAUGAGGAAGAACAUAGGCUUCGAACAGAUGUAGAUAUUGAAAGAGAAGAGGAGUGUGGAAUAUGCAUGGAGAUGAAUAGUAAGAUUGUAUUGCCAAACUGCAACCAUGCCCUGUGUUUGAAAUGUUACCAUGAAUGGAGGUCAAGAUCACAGUCAUGUCCUUUCUGCCGGGACAGUCUUAAAAGAGUGAACUCUGGAGACCUGUGGGUGUUCACAGACAGUAGGGAUGUAGUGGACACGGCAACAGUGACAAGGGAGAAUCUUAGAAGGCUAUUCAUGUACAUAGAUAAGCUGCCACUGAUUGUUCCGGAUUCCCUUUUUGACACAUAUGAUUCGCACCUUAGAUAGGCGGCGCAAAAACUAAACUAAACUGUCUGAUUAUCUCCAUCUCCAAUGGUGUUUGGAUGAGCAGUACCCAUCUCGCAAAAGUUUAAAGAAAAGGGGAGUUGCUUUGCAUGAGUAGUUUUUCUUUCUUUUGUUUACAUAACAUAAAAGAAUUCACUGAAACUGAUUUGGCCAAAAAGGAAAAGGAGAUUGAGGCCGAAAUUUAAGGAAUUUCAGUGGGGUAGUUUCUUGCCGCAUCUAGUUAGAAGAAUUCCAACUAGCGAUGUUAGGAAGAUGAAUCGGUAAGGUCGAGAGAGAGAGAGAGAGAGAGAUGGGUGGGGGAUCGGCUCAUAAGUUGUAUUUAUUCAGCACAUUUGUACAUCCUUUCUUGUAUAGCUUCGCAUUUACUUGCGACGUGCAAUAGUUAAUGCAAAAUUCUCCUCCGUACGUA